GUCUUGAAGUUUUGUCGUUUUAUCCUCCCCCCCAGCUCACUCGUUUGGUUUCCUCUUCAUUCCGACCGGUUUCGAAGGGCAUCUAGGAUUAUGGCUGACGCUUGCGACAUCACCGACCUCGAAACGUUCGCGGCAUGCAUCGAAGGCAAAGUCAGCGGCCAGGAGAUCAGCGUCAACACGUUUUGGCUCAUGUUUGGUGCCGUCCUGGUGUUCUUCAUGCAGACGGGAUUCGCCAUGCUUGAGGUGGGGGCUGUCCAGGCGAAGAACGCCAAGAACAUUCUCAUCAAGAACGUCUUCGACGCCAGCCUAGGAGGAAUCAUGUGGUACACCACCGGGUACGGGAUCGCGCUAGGGUCGGACUCGUACGAAACGUCCGGCAACAACGGCUUCAUCGGCACCGACGGCUUCCUCCUCACCACCGGUGCCUUCAGGGGCAGCGGGGACGACGUGGGUGUCAACUGGGCGGGAUGGUUGUUUCAGUGGGCCUUCGCCGCGACCACCGCCACGAUCGUCUCCGGAGCGGUGGUGGAGCGCGUGACCUUCGGUGCCUACGUGAUCUACGCGAUGUGCCUGCUGGGCUUCAUCUACCCUGUCGUGGUGCACUGGGGCUGGUCUGCGGGCGGCUGGGCUUCCGCCUGGAGGGAGACGGAGCUCCUCAUGGACUGCGGUGUCCUCGACUUCGCCGGCUCCGGCGUCGUACACAUGACCGGGGGCACCGCCGCCUUGGUCGGAGCCAUCCUCCUCGGACCCCGCUCCGGCCGUUUCAUCGACGGCAUCCCCGUCGAGCUGCCCCAGCUCAGCUUCGUGUACCAGACUCUCGGGACGCUGUGCCUUUGGAUGGGGUGGUACGGCUUCAACGGCGUGAGCACUCUCGCCAUCGUUGGCCUGGGAGAGGUGGCGGCGCGUGCGAUGGUGAACACGACCAUCGCCGGAGGCGUCGCUUGCGUCACCUCCGUCGCCGUGGCCUACCUCCGAAUCGGGUACGUGGACAUCACGGCGGCCAACAACGGGGUGCUCGGUGGGCUCGUUGCUAUCACUGCUGGGUGCUCCGUGGUGAUGCCGGAAGGGGCGGUGGUGAUCGGAUUUGUGGCUGGUAUAGUCUACAACGUUUGCAGCGUCCUCCUCCUUAAGCUGCAGAUCGAUGAUGUGGUGGAUGCGUCCCCGGUGCACAUGGGCUGCGGAAUCUGGGGCGUGCUGGCGGCCGGCCUGUUUGCCGAGAAGGACAACUACGGCGAGUCGUACUACAGCGACAGGCAGGGAGACUGCUGCGGGGCCUUCUACGGGUGCGGAGGCAACCAGUUCGCGGCCAAUCUGAUCUUCGUGAUCGCAGUUUUGGGCUGGGCCGGAUUCUGCUCCUUCCUCAUGUUCACCUUUGCCAAAUACACUGUCGGCCUGCGUGUCUCUAAGGCGAUCGAAGACAUCGGCAUGGACGACUCCAAGCACGGCGGAAUGACCAUGCCCUCCGGCGGCGACAGCCUGUCAAACAGCAGAGUGGUGAAGGCCUUCCCCCCCGGAGCGGCCGGCACGGACGUCGAAGGUGCUUCCAUCCAAGAGCACAAGAUUGGGAGGUAACCCCGGGUAGAGCUCGACUACGGGGAGCUGGAGAGCGGGUCUGAGGUCGUAGCUGAAACGACACCGGGUAACCAGGAUUGGGUGUACUCGGCGUUGCGCUCAAUCCCCAUUACGCCACCACUACAAGAUGGGUGCGUGCGCUGUGUUGCUCUGGCAACAUAGCCUGUGCGGCGUGUUCAAUAUUGUUAGCCCACAAGGAAUUUAGUAUUGCAAGGCAGAAGCAUGAUUUGUUCGUACACCCUCGUUUUUUUCCCUGCAUGCACGUAGUCUAUGCUUUGGGGGGCCGUUGGCGAUUGGGCAAGCAAAACUUCUACUUUAUUAGUAUAAGGCAAGGCGAUGUCGCUUGCUCUAACUGCUGUAGCUAUCGAAUACCACAGCAGAACGGCUCCGGUUUGUCACGACAAUCCGGGUCUCACCCAACCCUCCUGGUUCACAUUCCUCUGUAGUAUAUUGCUUAAUUCCUCAUGUUAGACGAGGGCAGGUGCAAUCGGACCCCAAGGCUAGGUUGUUGCGGGACGAUCAAAUAUUUUUGCCCGUGUCUAGCUGACGGGGCAUGUGUGAAGAGUACAUGAAGAACGCAAGGGCACUCCCCGCGUUGUUGUCACACUCGCAAAGUCAAAACCAUGCGAUAGGAUAGACUUCCUGAGUGGUAGAGGCCGUUGCACCCUGAUGACGGCAUAUAAAGUUGUAUUUGCUUGUUUCGGCGUGUCUGAAGAGGGACUGUGGGGGUCGGAGGAAAAGAAGGAGGAAGGAGGAGUGUUGGAGGUUGGUUGGCGGCCAUGCGGUACUCAUAGCGACACGAUGCAGAGCUGUUUGGGUUACAAGGGGUUUGAGGGAGCGGGAGGUACCAUCUACCCUUCCUUCUAGUUGUUGUCUCCUCGCGAGUGGGAAGCCAAGGUUUUUCUUCCACACGUAGUGCGUGGGGCCGUUAUCACUCGCUUGGAGUACACGAGUAGUAGCCCAGCGGCGAUGUAGCUGCGAUCGACAUGUAGCUUGUCGUGUAGCGGGCGGUCGUAAAAUCGUAAAAGCAGCAUAUGAAUGCGUAUGCAGCAGCAAUACCGUUGUUUCAUGUAUUUGGCUGACGUGCUUCCGAGAUAAGACGCGCAUCGCGCCAGAUUGCCAUGCCAAGAAACCGUCUUUCAUCGUCGUAUCAUAUGAGUGGAUGAGCUAUGCUGUAGCUUACUCACCAGCGCGAUGACGCAGGUGCAAACGUGCGUGAGGAAGAAUACGACGAGGAGAGCAGUUUGUUGGGGACGUAAGCGCCAUAAGAUUUUUAUGCAGAACCGCCACACGCAGACUUUCCCUCGAAGUAUUGGGUUCCUUCCUUGGGGUUUUUGUCAGCCUUUUCCCUCCCCGCGGAAUGACCCUCCCGAUGUAACGAGGUACACAUCUUGCAGUCUAGGUUAGUAACUUCGCGCGACCGAGGUAUAGUCUAUCCAUAGAUGUACGAAAAACCACACCGUUCAUCCGUGACUGGGGACCGAGUGCACCAUUUUCACACCUCCGUACAGAAGUCGCCAG